UGCUGUAGACAUACAAAAAUGGCAACGAUGCUCGCCGUUCCGCUGAAAAACAGCGCAGAAUUGGACCUUGUUCGUCCUUUGAAAAACUUCAUCAAGAAUACCUUCGGAGAUGAAGGAAGUGACGAUUACUCAAGUCAGUUGGAUGAGCUCCAUAGACUCCGGAACAACGCGGUGUGCAGAAAACUUGACAAACACAAUACUUCUCUGGAAACGCUCGCAAGAUACUACGAUCAACUGAAGGCCAUAGAAAAUAAACUACCAAUCUCUGAAAGCCAUGUUUCUGUAACGUUCACAUGGCAAGAUGCGUUCGAUAAGGGAUCCUUCUUUGGGGGUGGCCGAAAGCAGAGUGGAUCAACAGGGAGCUAUGAGAUGGUAUGUGUACUAUUCAACAUCGCUGCCAUGAACAGUCAGAUAGCCGCUCUACAGAGCUCAGAGGACGACGACUCCCUUAAGACAGCGGCCAAACAGUUCCAGCAAGCAGCGGGUAUUUUCAACUAUCUCAAAGACACUGUGGUCUCCAGCGUGCAGAGCAUUCGUACCUUUGAUAUACACCCAGAUUGCCUGGCGGCUCUGGGGGCACUCAUGUUGGCUCAAGCCCAAGACACCUUCUUCAAGAAAGCUCGACAGGAUAAGAUGAAGAAUGGAGUCAUCGCCAAGAUUGCAAUGACGGCGAGCGAGGAGUACGCCGAGGCCUUGAAACUCUGCCAGGUGUCCUACAUCAAGGAGAUCCUUCCCAAGGAAUGGAUUCCUAUCGUGGCCGGGAAACAAGCCUUCAUGCAUGCCACGGCCGAGUACUAUCAGUCCAUGGUGUGUCAAAAUGCAAAGAAUUAUGGUGAGGAGAUUGGCAGGCUGAACCAUGCCAUUGAGCUCUUACAGUCAGCCACUCACCGUGGAGGCCAGCACGUCAACUUCAAGUCAACGACAGAGAAGGUCCAGCGUGCCCUCGCUGCCGCCAAGAAAGACAAUGACUUCAUCUAUCAUGACAUCGUACCAGAGAUUGCCAAUCUCAAGUCUAUUGGUUCCGCUCCCAUCGCUAAACCUCUGGAAAUUCCAUCACCAUUGUAUCUCAAAUUCUCAGAUCUUUUUGAGAAACUGGUUCCUUUAGCUGUUCACAACGCACUGGAUGCGUUUGAGUCUCGGAAAAAUGAUAUAAUAAGCGGAGAGUUUAGCAAGCUACGUGAGAGCACACAACUCAUGGAUAGUGUUCUGGCGUCGUUGAAUCUGCCAGCAUCUAUAGAAGAUAUGGGUGGGUCGACGGUCCCACCUUCUGUCUUGCAGAAGUCCACCGCAGUACGUGAGAAGGGAGGCAUAGCCAGCAUUGAUAAACUCUUUAAUGAUAUGCCAGAUCUGCUGAAGAGGAACACAGAAAUCCUUAACGAGUCAUUACGUCUACUGGACGAGGAAAGCAAAAGCGAUGACGAGAUGAGAGAACGAUUCAAGGAGCGAUGGACCCGUCUCCAGUCAGGACAAUUAACGACCCCACUACGUACAGAAUCCUCAAAGUAUCGUACCAUCCUUAAUAAUGCUAUACAGGCCGAUGGUGUCGUCAGAGAGAAGUACAAUGUCAACAGGGAGUUCAUUGUCAUUCUGUCCAAGGACCAGAAGGAUUUAGGUGUCGCCCUGCCUGCAGCAAGUGCUGCAGCAGCACUCAAGGACAACCCGGCUGUUCAGUCACUGCGGAGUCUCAUGAAGCAAGUGGAGUCCAUCAAAGCGGAACGUGAAGUCACCGAGGCGGAACUCAAAAACACCAAGUGUGACAUGACAUCAAAAUUCCUCGGUGCCUUGGCAUCCGACGGAGCAAUUGAUGAGGAGUCCAUCUCGGUUGGGGAUUUGGAUCGUAUGUUCUCUCCGCUCAUCCAACAAGUCCAAGAAAGCAUUCACAGACAGGAAGUCUUGCUCAAUAAUGUCCAGGAUGCCAACACCCGUUUCUGUACAGCCAAGCAGUCCAACACAUCGGCCAGUAACCGUGAAGAGGUUCUAUGUAAGCUGGCUGCUGCUCAUAAUGCCUACAUGGAACUCACUGCAAACCUCACAGAAGGAACUAAGUUCUACAACGACCUGACCCAGGUGCUGGUCCGGUUCCAAGGAAAGGUCAGCGACCUCUGCUUUGCUCGCAGGACGGAAAAGGAGGAGCUCCUUAGGGACCUGACUCAGAGUAUCGCCAACCAGCCGUCAUCUCCUCCCCCUGUCACCCCAGCGCAUCACACUCAAGGAACAGCUGCGAGACAACCACCACCACGCCCAAACCAACCCCCGACCCGCCCUCAAGCCCCUCCUUCACAACCUCCUCCAGCACAAGCCCCUCCUGCACAAGCCCCUCGCCCCCAAGCCCCUCCAUCUAGUGCUCCUCCUCAAUAUCCCCAAGGCACCCCACAAUCCACAUACGCCCCUGGGUACCAACCCACGCCUAGUUACGCCCCUGCUGGGGGAUUCGCCCCCAUGCCUACUCCCUAUAACCCAUACGCAGCCCCUCAGCAGCCCCAGGGAUUCGGCAACCCGUAUCAACAACAGCCCGGCGGGCAGUAUCAGCAGCCCCCUCCUCAACAAGGUGGGUAUCCACAACAGCCUGGUUAUCCACAACAGGCCGGGUAUCCACAACAGCCUGGAUAUCCACAGCAAGGUGGAUAUCCACAACAUCCAUCAGCUCCUCAACAACCAGGCUACAACCAAUAUCAGCAACGGUAAACUAGUGACAGAUACACUGUCGUUGGUAUCAACAACAGGCCGGGUAUCCACAACAAGGUGGAUAUCCACUACAGCCAUCAGCUCCUCAGCAACCAGGCUACAACCAAUAUCAGCAACGGUAAACAGUAGUGACCGAUACACUGUCGUUGGUAUCAACAACAGCUUGGUUAUCCACAAUAGGCCAGGUAUCCACAACAGCCUGGAUAUCCACAACAAGGUGGAUAUCCACAAUAGCGAUCAGCUCCUCAGCAACCAGACUACAACCAAUAUCAGCAACGGUAAACAGUAGUGACCGAUACACUGUCGUUGGUAUCAACAACAGCCCGGAUAUCCACAACAGCCCAGAUAUCCACAACAAGGUGGCUUUCCAAAGCCACCAGCUCCUCAGCAACCAGGCUACAACCAAUAUCAGCAAUGAUAAGCAUGCAGUAACGAUACGCUGUCAGUGGUUUAUGAUUCCCUUGAUGUAUGACGCUGCCAGUGUAAGUCUCGGAUUGACUAAUUUCCUGUUGAAUUAUUAGCCACAACCUUUUUUCUCAAAGGGCCUUUGGUGUUGACCAUCAUUUUGUUGGUUACUUGAAAUCAAACACUGCUUUUCAAUUGGAAGCUUUUGGCUGUGGCUACAUACAUGUAUACUUCAAACGUUGGAAAGAUUGCAAAAUUGGAUAUGGACAAUUCCCAAAUUUGGUUGGUUUGAUUGACUUCACCCCAGCAAUGUUUAAUGAUUUGUCGAAACACGGAGUUCAAGACUGACCAGAAUACUAAUGGACUUUGUAGAUAUCAUGUUUUAUUAAUUAAUUAUUGCCAUGCGGCUUCAAAAAGCAAGCAAAAUUCCUCAUAAGGUGUGUGAGGAUGGUACUGUUUUUAUCAGAGAUAUUUGACCUCGGAUACUUGUCCAAACUUGCUUAUUGUUCAUGAAACACUAGGAUUAAUCCUAUGUCAAGUUAGGAUUGGUUCAAUGCGCCCUGACUUGCAAGUUUGUCAUGGCGGGCGCUACUGGUGCGGGUCGACCGAGCUGUGCAUGAAAGGUAAAUGAGAAACGCUAUGGUUACAGAACUUAACUCGUGCUAAGGUUAAUCCUAAGUUAGGAAGCCUAAGGAGUAGUUGCUCAAUUGAGAUGCAGUAUUAAUUAGGCUGGGUUUAAACUUGGGGUUGCAGCCUUGGCUGUUCCUAAGGACGUCCUACACUUCAGUAUGUGUUAACAUGGUGAUCUAGCCACAGCCGCAGCCGCAACCUCAGUGGCUUAUUCAGAAAUCAACUUAAACACCCAUACAAAUUCUGUUUUAUAACAUGCUUUAUUAGGGGCAGAGGGUACCCCCACUAAAUGUUUUCAGAACACACCAUUUUCCUAUUGUACAGAAGUACCCCCACUCCUUAAAGGCAGUGGACACUAUUGGUAAUUACUCAAAAUAAUUAUUAACUAAAACCUUACUUGGUAACGAGU